CCGACUCGCGCGACUUCUUGCAGAGGGUGACCAGCGAGAGCGUCUUUUUUCUGCUGUUUUUGCUACAAGUGACACGAUUAGAACAUUGAAAAGUCUGAGAACCCCUCCGUGUUCGUUGUUACCACGUCGUCUUCGCAGUCUGCGAGUCGCUGCGUUCAAAUCGCCGUCGUUCAUAAUCGUCUUGACCUUCAACAUUAACAGUCGGGCGAUAUGAAGACCGCCUUGGUGUUGGCGCUCACCGCCUGCCUCGUGGCUGUGGCGAUGAGUGUGGGAGGCCGCAUUUCUCCGAGUCGUCAGGAUUUCGCCAGAUGGAGGGACUGCAUGGUUGCAAAACUUCCCGAAGACAAAGUACAAACAUACGAAAACUGCCGGAACCACUCUCGUGGCACUGAUAUGCGCAAGUUCAGACAGGGUCUGGAAUGCGUUCUCUCCAGCUACAACCUCGUCAAUAGGACCGACGUUGACUUGAGCCGUAUGCAGCAUCUGGCUCAAAAUAUCACGCAACCGGAAGUGCGCGCCGCGUUCCAGGAGUGUGCCCAGGACGAGAACAACAAGAAGGUUGGAAAGGCAGUGAAGUGCUUCAUUGAUCACCUUGAAACGUCUUGCCCUGUACCGGACGCAACUAAGAGGGAGUGAAAGCCGGUAUCGGUAUACAGCUUCAGUUGUUGGAGUGGAUGUUUACCAAGCUUCUAUACAUUCAAUUUGCCAUUUCACCAUGCCUCUAAAUGUGGUCCUACUAAGUGCGACACUGCGCAGAUGACAAGGUGCAUGUCAAAAAAAAAAAAAAACGCUCGGCGAAAGUUUUUUUCUGAUGGAAAGAAGAAUAAUGUAAUCUUUUCCAACCGACAAUAAAUACUUCCUAUAAGUUG